AUGAGCAAGGCCCACCCUUCCAAGCUGAAGAAAUUUAUGGACAAGAAGUUAUCAUUGAAGUUAAAUAGUGGCCGACAUGUACAAGGAAUACUAUGGGGCUCUGAUCCUUUUAUGAAUCUUGUGAUUGAUGAGUGUGUGGAAAUGGCAACUAGUGGGCAACAGAAUAACAUUGGCAUGGUAGUCAUAUGAGGAAACAGCAUCAUCAUGUUAGAAACCUUGAAAAGAGUCUAAACAAUGGUUGUUCAGCAGAGGAGUCCACAUCCUUCCUCUAAGGACUGAUUGGGGUGUAGAACUGGGUCAUGUACAUUUUCAUAUGAAACUUUUUGCUAAAUAAACUUUUGUGAUACUCAAAAAAAAAAAAGAGAAAACAAACUGUGACGCAAACAUUGGACAGACA